GUUGUAAAAAUGGCGGCGCCUCGUCGCCCUUCUCAUCAGCAACAACAGAGCAUAUCCUCGCCAUCUCGCAGUACUUAUCUUUCCCCCACUCCUCCGGGAUCUCCUACAGUUCCCGGUGGUGGAGUAAUUUUGGCUCCAGCCGGUGCUGAACUAGACAGCGCCGGUAAUCAGGAGUUAACUCCGGCUUCCCCCGAUAUCCCCGCCCCGGCCCUGAGCAGUAGCACCAGCUCCUCUAACGUUAGUACCACCGGGGGUGGCAUUAGCGCUGGCCCCAGUCCUGACACGGACAGCACUAGCCCCGCGGGCGGCGACUGCGGGACAAGCGGGGCUUUCAGAGAGUUGUUUGAAGCCUGUCGCACUGGGGAUGUAUCGCGGGUGAAGAGGCUGGUGGAUACGGUUAACGUCAAUGCCAAGGACAUGGCUGGUCGAAAAUCCACUCCUCUGCACUUCGCUGCAGGAUUUGGGAGGAAGGAUGUUGUAGAGCACCUCCUUGAGACAGGCGCCAAUGUUCACGCCCGUGAUGAUGGAGGUUUGAUCCCUCUGCAUAAUGCCUGCUCCUUUGGCCACGCUGAGGUGGUCAGCCUGCUCCUCUGUCAGGGUGCCGACCCAAACGCCCGGGACAGCUGGAACUACACACCACUCCACGAGGCUGCCAUCAAGGGCAAAUUAGACGUGUGCAUCGUGCUGCUCCAGCACGGAGCUGACCCCAACAUACGCAACACUGACGGCAAGAGUGCCCUGGACCUGGCCGACCCGUCCGCCAAGGCUGUACUCACCGGUGAAUACAAGAAAGACGAACUCCUGGAGGCAGCUAGGAGUGGAAAUGAAGAGAAGCUCAUGGCCCUGCUCACUCCGUUAAACGUCAACUGCCACGCAAGUGACGGCCGCAAGUCCACCCCUCUCCACCUGGCUGCAGGGUACAACCGGGUCAGAAUAGUCCAGCUCCUACUACAGCACGGUGCCGACGUACAUGCAAAGGACAAAGGGGGUCUGGUUCCUCUCCAUAAUGCCUGUUCCUAUGGUCACUACGAAGUGACAGAGCUGCUGCUGAAGCACGGAGCGUGUGUUAAUGCCAUGGACCUGUGGCAAUUCACCCCUCUCCACGAAGCUGCCUCGAAGAACCGCGUGGAGGUGUGUUCCCUGCUGCUGAGCCACGGGGCUGACCCCUCCCUGGUCAACUGUCACGGGAAGAGUGCUGUGGACAUGGCCCCCACCCCAGAGCUCAAAGAGAGACUCACCUAUGAGUUUAAGGGUCACUCUCUGCUCCAGGCAGCGAGGGAGGCAGACAUGGCCAAGGCCAAGAAGACCCUUGCUCUAGAGAUUAUCAACUUCAAACACCCACAGACCCACGAGACGGCACUGCACUGUUCAGUGGCCUCUCCUCACCCCAAGCGGAAGCAGGUCACAGAGCUGCUGUUACGUAAAGGUGCCAACGUCAACGAGAAGAACAAGGACUUCAUGACUCCCCUACAUGUGGCUGCUGAGAGGGCACACAAUGACAUCAUGGAGGUGUUGCAGAAACAUGGAGCAAAGAUAAAUGCACUGGACACCCUGGGGCAGACAGCCCUGCACCGUGCUGCCAUGGCAGGACACCUCCAGACCUGCAGACUGCUGCUGAGCUACGGCGCAGACGCCUCCAUCCUCUCACUACAGGGAUUCACCGCCUCACAGAUGGGCAACGAGGCCGUGCAGCAGAUACUCAGUGAAAAUGUACCUGUGAGGAACUCUGAUGUAGACUAUCAACUCCUGGAGGCAGCUAAAGCUGGAGAUCUGGACACUGUGAAGUCAUUGUGCUCUCCACAGAAUGUGAAUUGUCGGGACCUGGAGGGUCGUCACUCCACUCCAUUGCACUUCGCCGCCGGCUACAACCGUGUGGCGUUGGUGGAGUACCUGCUGCAUCAUGGGGCCGACGUCCACGCUAAAGACAAGGGAGGUCUGGUGCCCCUGCACAACGCCUGUUCUUAUGGUCACUAUGAGGUAGCUGAGUUGCUGGUGAGACAUGGGGCGUCGGUGAACGUGGCAGACCUAUGGAAGUUCACUCCUCUCCACGAGGCUGCAGCCAAAGGCAAAUACGAGAUCUGCAAGCUGCUUCUCAAGCAUGGGGCAGACCCGACCAAGAAGAACCGUGAUGGAAACACUCCUCUGGACAUGGUGAAGGAGGGGGACACGGACAUCCAGGACCUGCUGAGAGGAGACGCUGCCCUGCUGGACGCUGCGAAGAAGGGCUGUCUGGCCCGUGUCCAGAAGCUCUGCAGCCCAGAGAACAUCAACUGUAGAGACACACAGGGACGUAACUCCACCCCCCUGCACCUUGCAGCUGGCUACAAUAACCUGGAGGUAGCAGAAUACCUGCUGGAGCAUGGAGCUGAUGUCAACGCCCAGGACAAGGGGGGUCUCAUCCCCCUCCACAACGCUGCCUCUUAUGGGCAUGUGGAUAUAGCUGCUCUCCUGAUCAAGUACAACACGUGUGUGAACGCUACAGAUAAGUGGGCCUUCACCCCGCUCCACGAGGCGGCUCAGAAAGGCCGGACCCAGCUAUGUGCUCUGCUACUGGCUCACGGAGCUGACCCUAGCAUGAAGAACCAGGAGGGACAGGCGCCACUGGACCUGGCUACGGCUGAUGACAUCAGAGCGCUGCUGAUAGAUGCCAUGCCUCCAGACGCCCUGCCCAGCUGCUUCAAGCCUCAGGCCACGGUGGUCAGCGCCUCAGUGGUCAGUACAGCGGUCAUCUCUCCAGCCUCCACGCCCUCCUGCUUGUCUGCAGCCAGCAGCAUAGACAACCUGGCCGGGUCCCUCAGCGAGCUCACUGUGGCUGGAGCCACUGGGCCUGCAGAUGGAGCCACCGGCUCCGACAGGAAGGACAAAGAGACUGUUGUAGACAUGAACAUCAGCCAGUUCCUGAAGAGCUUGGGGUUGGAGCACCUGCGUGACAUCUUCCAGAGGGAACAGAUUUCGCUGGAUGUCCUGGCUGAUAUGGGCCACGAGGAGCUGAAGGAGAUUGGGAUCAACGCCUACGGUCACCGCCACAAACUCGUCAAAGGUGUGGAGAGACUCCUGAGAGGACAGCAAGGUGCUAAUCCGUACCUGACGUUCCACUGUGCCAGUCAGGGUACGGUGCUCAUAGACCUGGCCACGGACGAUAAGGAGUUCCAGUCUGUGGAAGAGGAAUUGCAAAGUACGAUCCGAGAGCACCGGGACGGGGGCAACGCAGGUGGGGUCUUCAGCAGGUACAACAUUCUAAAGAUCCAGAAGGUGGUGAAUAAGAAGUUGAGGGAGAGAUACUCACACAGACAGAAAGAGAUCGCUGAUGAAAACCACAACCAUCACAACGAACGCAUGCUCUUCCACGGUUCUCCAUUCAUCAACGCUAUCAUCCAUAAGGGCUUUGACGAGCGGCAUGCCUACAUCGGAGGCAUGUUCGGAGCGGGCAUCUAUUUUGCAGAGAACUCCUCCAAGAGUAACCAGUACGUGUACGGGAUAGGAGGGGGCACAGGCUGCCCCACUCACAAAGACCGUUCCUGCUACCUCUGCCACAGGCAGAUGUUGUUCUGCAGAGUGACCCUGGGCAAGUCCUUCCUCCAGUUCAGUGCCAUGAAGAUGGCCCACGCCCCCCCUGGACACCACUCAGUAAUCGGCCGGCCCAGCGUCAACGGACUGGCGUACGCAGAAUAUGUCAUCUACAGAGGAGAACAGGCGUACCCAGAAUACCUCAUCACGUAUCAGAUCCUGAAACCAGAGAGCACACCCUCCCCCACAGCCGGAGCAGAACAGAAGACCUAAUCCAGACUCAACCAGACUAACACACACCCACCUUUGCUGGGAGAGAACGAAUCACAGAGACUGUUACCCAAAUCACUACUUCACACAUUCUGGGCUGAGCCGGGAUGAACAUCAGCCCCUUAAAUUAACUCUACACCCCUGGAAGGAUUUCCUCCACUAGUUUUUUGUUCUAUUUCACUCACUAUAAAUGACCGGUUCCUCAUAACCACCACCAUUUAUUUUCCCAAAUGUUUAUUUUUUAUUUUUUCCUUCGUCCUUCUUUAGUGUUUACUUGAAAAUGUUGCCUUCACUGGGAAUUGUCUAAUGUUGUCGCCUGUCUCAGAGCUCAUGCUCCCGGGUCUCUCGCUCAUGGUUGCCACUGGUGAUUGUUGACACUGGUUACGGCCAAAUAGAGAGAACCAAGCGGAUAAAGUUCAGGUUAGGUUAGAGAUGGGGACUCACAGCUCAUUGGUUAGCGGUAAGGCUCAGAGAUAAGGACUCUUGCCAGUCUGCCUUUACCUGAAUGAUAGCUUCCCCAGUGAAGCAUGACUGAGACUCCUCUACUGUACCUAUCACUCAGAUGGAUAUGUAGGUAGAAAUCAGGAUGGAUGUACUAGUAUGCAGUAUACCAGCCUCAAUCCCAGCCCUGUUUCUUCAUCAAGCCUGGCAAGGGAAGAUGCGGUACACAGACCCCAGACCCAGAUCAUGCGUGACUGAAAACAACCAAUAACCUCUCCCUUUCCGUUCCAGCACACAAAUAUAAUUUCUUUAGCUCAUCAAACAUUACACUUCAUUUAUCCUAUUAGCUCUGUAUUAUUUUAUUGUGAUAUUUCCAUGAUUGUUUUAAAAGAUGAUGUAUAAUGGGACCAUGUCACAAUGGGGACCAGACCUGGAGGUUUUUGACCCCUUUGUUUUUUAAAAGUUGAGAUGAUAUAAGAUAUCCCUCUCUGGGACCAUUAGGGGUUCCCUCUCUGGGACCAUUAGUGGUUCCUUCUCUGGGACCAUUAGGGGUUCCCUCUCCGGGACCAUUAAGGGUUCCCUCUCUGGGACCAUUAGGGGUUCCCUCUCUGGGACCAUUAAGGGUUCCCUCUCUGGGACCAUUAGGGGUUCCUUCUCUGGGACCAUUAAGGGUUCCCUCUCUGGGACCAUUAGUGGUUCCCUCUCUGGGACCAUUAGGGGUUCCCUCUCUGGGACCAUUAAGGGUUCCCUCUCUGGGACCAUUAAGGGUUCCCUCUCUGGGACCAUUAGGGGUUCCCUCUCUGGGACCAUUAAGGAUUCCCUCUCUGGGACCAUUAGUGUGUCCUUCUCUGGGACCAUUAGGGGUUCCCUCUCUGGGACCAUUAGGGGUUCCCUCUCUGGGACCAUUAAGGGUUCCCUCUCUGGGACCAUUAAGGGUUCCCUCUCUGGGACCAUUAGGGGUUCCCUCUCUGGGACCAUUAAGGGUUCCCUCUCUGGGACCAUUAGUGGUUCCUUCUCUGGGACCAUUAGGGGUUCCUUCUCUGGGACCAUUAGGGGUUCCCUCUCUGGGACCAUUAGGGGUUCCUUCUCUGGGACCAUUAGGGGUUCCCUCUCUGGGACCAUUAAGGGUUCCCUCUCUGGGACCAUUAGGGGUUCCCUCUAUGGGACCAUUAGGGGUUCCCUCUCUGGGACCAUUAGGGGUUCCCUCUCUGGGACCAUUAGGGGUUCCCUCUCUGGGACCAUUAGGGGUUCCCUCUCUGGGACCAUUAGGGGUUCCCUCUCUGGGACCAUUAGUGGUUCCUUCUCUGGGACCAUUAGGGGUUCCUUCUCUGGGACCAUUAGGGGUUCCCUCUCUGGGACCAUUAAGGGUUCCCUCUCUGGGACCAUUAGGGGUUCCCUCUCUGGGACCAUUAGGGGUUCCCUCUCUGGGACCAUUAGGGGUUCCUUCUCUGGGACCAUUAGGGGUUCCCUCUCUAGGACCAUUAAGGGUUCCCUCUCUGGGACCAUUAGGGGUUCCCUCUAUGGGACCAUUAGGGGUUCCCUCUCUGGGACCAUUAGGGGUUCCCUCUAUGGGACCAUUAGGGGUUCCCUCUCUGGGACCAUUAGGGGUUCCCUCUCUGGGACCAUUAGGGGUUCCCUCUCUGGGACCAUUAGGGGUUCCCUCUCUGGGACCAUUAGGGGUUCCCUCUCUGGGACCAUUAGGGGUUCCCUCUCUGGGACCAUUAGGGGUUCCCUCUAUGGGACCAUUAGGGGUUCCCUCUCUGGGACCAUUAGGGGUUCCCUCUCUGGGACCAUUAGGGGUUCCCUCUCUGGGACCAUUAGGGGUUCCCUCUCUGGGACCAUUAGGGGUUCCCUCUCUGGGACCAUUAGGGGUUCCCUCUCUGGGACCAUUAGUGGUUCCCUCUCUGGGACCAUUAGGGGUUCCCUCUCUGGGACCAUUAGGGGUUCCCUCUCUGGGACCAUUAGGGGUUUCUUUUCUGUUACUGGAACUGAUGGGAAAUCCCUAAAGGUUUCAGAUUGUGAAAUUGAGUUAUGUGAGAAAGUAAAGCAAGCUAUGAGACAUUACUAUUAUUAAUAUAACAUUACUUUGCACAAGAAAACACUGAACAUCUGACUUUUCAUUACCAUUUCCCAUCCAGUCAAACUCAUCUUUUAAUGGAUUUGCACUUUUAAACUGGAAUGAUUUUUAAGUUAUUUGAAAAUGUAUUGAAAAAAAGAUGUCCAGUAUUGUAGUGUGUAGCAGACGAUGCCUUUGUAAAGCUCACCCUGUUGUUAAUGGAUGAAGAGUGGGCUGUAUUAGUACUGUAAAUUAUUUGUUUGUUUUUUGGUGGGGAUGAAAGGGAUUUUUGUAGCUGUUUUUCCCGAUCUCUUUCAUGGUCACUUCCACAUUCAUCCCUCUGCUCUGUAUCCUCUUUGAGAAGUAAACAAUAACUUGUCUUGCUUCCUACUGGUUUUGUCAAUCAUUCUCUGGGAAAUAACAGUUUGAAGCAAUGGCUGGUUUGAUUGUCACAUCCUGUAGUCUGUAUUGGAGGACACUGUCUCCCUGUGUCUCCUCACUCUCACUAGCUGGGCUCUAUCUGCAUCUGCUGGUGUGGUACUCUGCCAUCCUUGCUGUUUCAGAUACCAGCUCCAGAACUGUCUGCGCUUUGACCGGGAUGUUAACCCAUCCAUUUACUACAACCUGACUAAGUCCCAAAUACUACCCUAUUCCCUAUAUAGUGCACUACUUUUGACGGGUUCCCUACUGGUCCUGGUCAAAAGUAAUGCACUAUAUAGGGAAUAGGGGGCUAUUUGGGACUGAACCCUGGUAUUAAAGGAAAACACCACUCAAACUAUAUUUUGGUAUUUGUUUCAUUAGUCUGCUGUUGAUAGUUUGUCAGCAAUCAAGUUUUCAAGAUAUAGAACUUUCAAAAUACAGAAUGUGUCCCAGUAUGAAGCGACUAAUGAAACAG